AUGCCAAAUCCUGAGUUACCUAAAGACUUUUUAUCACAUGAGCAAUUCUGGGCUCGAACUGGAUUUGAAGACCCGUAUACUAAAUUGGAGCAAGAAGAUUUUGCAAAGUGUGACCACGAAUGUUCUGAUGAAAUUCAUCAAAAAUCAAUAGAUGAUUUAUUGCCAGAGAAAUCUUAUUGUGAUUUACAACUAGUUGCAACUUUUCAUAUAAUUUUUGUAUUAGACCGAUCCGGAUCUAUGGGUUGCAGUGAUCACCCACCAACAUCAGAUACGCUAUUUGGAAAGACAUUAGCAUUACAAGGAAUUCAUAAUAAUCGAUUUGAUGAUGAAUUUAAUGAUUAUGGCGAUUCAGAAGAAGGAACCAAAGUUCUUCAAAAAAUGGCAAACGUAUCGUGA